AGGAGCGGGCGGUGCUGAGGAGGAGGUGGUGCUGAGGGGGGCGGCGCUGUGGAGAGGGCGCGGGGCGCUGGAGAGCGCUGAGGAGAGGACAGCGCCUAAGAGGACCCGCCGCCGCCGCCGUCUCCGCCGCUGCCUCUGCCUCCGGACCGAGAACGAGGGCCAGGACGCCGAGUCUACAGGCCGAGAACAUUCCGGAAUCCAUACUGCUUUCAGGAGCAUCUCUAGGAAUCCCCUGGUCUUAUUCCUCUAGACGCAAGAUGGCUGAACUCAAUACUCAUGUGAAUGUCAAGGAAAAGGGAACCAGGCCUGGACACAUUGGGGAGCCACUGUCACAUCCCUGAAGAAGUGGCAUCUACAUCACCUCAUCUGUUCCUAGAGAUGCAGUCUUGAGACCCACACCCCAAGCUUCUGAAUCAGAGCUGCAUGCCAGUCAGAUGCCCAAGGAGUGAGGGGUAUAAAGUUUGGAAAGCUACAACUAGACUAUCUCUAAGAUCUAUGCAGUGAGAUCAGUAGUUCCCAACAAAAGCAAUAAUGAAAUAGUCCUGGUGCUACAGCAGUUUGAUUUUAAUGUGGAUAAAGCUGUCCAGGCCUUCGUCGAUGGCAGUGCAAUUCAAGUUCUGAAAGAAUGGAAUAUGACAGGAAAAAAGAAGAAUAAUAAAAGAAAAAGAAGCAAGUCCAAGCAGCAUCAAGGCAACCAAGAUGCUAAGGACAAGGCAGAGAGGCCCGAGGCGGGGCCCACACCGCGGCAGGCCCCAGUGCUGCAGGCCCCGGUACAGAGCGGCCUGGCUGGUGGCUGUGAGAAGGACAGCUCAUCCACAGACUCGGCCGGAGAGAGGCCCGCCCUGCCCCCCCGGCAGAAGAAGAUCUCCAUCCUCGAUGAGCCCCCCAAGGCACUGCACGGGCUUGCAGAAAGCAGCAGGCUACUGCAGCAGAAACUGUCCUUAGAUGGGAACCCUAAACCUAUUCAUGGAACUGCAGAGAGGUCAGAUGGCCCACAGUGGUCAGCUGAGCAGCCCUGGAGCCCCAGCAAGCCCAAGGCAAAAACAUCUGUUAAGUCCAAUGCCCCCGCAGCUCAUCUUGAGAUAAAACCAGAUGAGCUGGCAAAGAAAAGAGGCCCAAAUAUUGAAAAAUCAGUGAAGGAUCUGCAACGCUGCACUGUUUCCCUAACCAGAUACCGUGUCAUGAUCAAGGAGGAAGUGGACAGCUCUGUGAAGAAGAUCAAGGCCGCUUUUGCUGAGUUGCACAACUGCAUCAUUGACAAAGAAGUUUCAUUAAUGGCAGAAAUGGACAAAGUAAAAGAAGAAGCCAUGGAAAUCCUGACUGCUCGUCAGAAGAAAGCAGAAGAACUAAAGAGGCUUACGGAUCUAGCCAGUCAGAUGGCGGAGCUGCAGCUGGCCGAACUCAGGGCAGAGAUCAAGCACUUUGUCAGUGAGCGUAAAUACGAUGAAGAGUUGGGGAAGGCCGCACGGUUCUCCUGUGAUAUUGAACAGCUGAAGUCCCAAAUCAUGCUCUGCGGAGAAAUCACUCACCCAAAGAACAGCUACUCCUCUCGCGCACCCUGCAGCUCCCUGCUGCCUCUUCUCAGCACCCACGCAGCCGGCUCAGGGAGGCAGAGUGGUUUCGCCCGGAAGUCACUCAACCACAGCAAGGGCGCUGAGGUCAAAGCCGCCAACCCCAAGCUGCCAGGUGGCCUUCCCGGAGCCACAGAGCCCUCUCACCAGGCCACGCCAGCUGCCAAGCAGAAUGGACCUUCUAGUCAAAGACGGAGAUUUAAUCCUCAGUACCAUAAUAACAGGCUAAAUACGCCCACCAAGUUGCAGGGCGGUAACGACGCUGACCCUGUGGCAAAGGGCAACACCCGACAUGAACACAGAAGACAGCCACACAACAGCUUCCGCCCCAAAAAUAAAAGUAGCACCAAAAAUCAAGAAGCCCCCUUGGGGACCAAAACCCCCGAGGCCAUGGCCCAUUCUGAAAAGCCACCACGGCGAAGACAGCAGCACACUUCAGACAACUCAGAGGCUAGGCCUUUCCGGGGCAGCGUUGGCCGAGUCUCACAGUGCAACCUCUGUCCCACAAGAAUAGAAGUGUCCCCGGAUGCCUCGGUGCUCUCCGUCCCUGCUGUGACCUUGGUGGCCUGAGUGAGGAGAGGAGCAGUACUCGCUCAGUUUCGCUCCCUUUCCGAGGUGCUGACCCAGCUCGCUGCCAAAAGAGAGUCAAUCAGAAUACACAGACCCCGUGCAUUGUGUAAUCCUCUCAUUACCAUUUUUACUAAUUACAGUACUCAGCUCUGCUUGCUUCGUAACUUUCAUGGCUUUGCUUGAUCGUUGGCACUUCCUCUCAUCGAGACCGCAGCAUUUAGCCAGGCGGUAUUCACUAUUUGUUAGGAAUCCAAGAUGUGACUGGAGACCUAGGCUGUAGCUGUGACAUCACUCCAUGGAUGGUCAUCCUUAGCGAGUUCAUGUGGGAGUAACCCUUUACCCAUCAGACAGACGUGGUCUGCUGAACACAUGUGCUUUUGUAGAAUUUCACAUCUGGUGUUUUUCUGGAAAAAAAAAAAAAAUAUAUAUAUAUAUACAUAUAUUGCUUUAUUUGAACAAAAUUAAAAUACGCUGCAUUUGA